UCCUUCUGGCCUCGAGAGUGUUGCUCUUGUAGAAGAGGAUCUGAACGGCGAGCUGAUGAACGAAGACAUACGUAUCCAUAGCUGGCCUUGUUCUUACUACUUGGACACCAGCAAACAAUGGGUCUCUGGCAGACUCUCACUGACUCCUGUUGCGAUCAAAUUUACAGCUGACAAGACUGGGGAGCUUUUGGUCAACUUCCAUCUUUCUAGUAUCAGUGAGAUCAAGAAGGAAUCUUCGAAUUUAAUUUUCAGCUCCCUUACCAUCUUAGAGAAGAACACCAAGCACUGGUUCAGUUCUCUGCAGCCCAGCAGAAAUGUGGUGUUCAACAUCCUUGAGCACUUCUGGAGGGAGCAGUUGCUGUCAAGCCAAGGUGCAGGAGCAGAAGCAGCAGCUUCGCAGUCAACAAAGGGAAAAGAACUGACCGGAUUAUUGACUGGAUCGCAGAAACGACUGGAGGACACAGCAAAAGUGCUGCAUUACCAGGGUGAGCAGUUUGAUAACAUCAUGAGAGGACUCAACAAGAUCGAAGGGGAUAUGGAUGUAGCAGACAGGUUGUUGACUGAGCUCGAAUCUCCUUCUUGGUGGCCGUUUAGCAGCAAGCUCUGGAAAGCACCGUUGGAAACCAAGCCAAAGGAAACUGCCACAGUUUCCGAUUCGAAGAACCAGGAAGGAAUCAUAAUUAGAAUUCCAGUUAUUAUCACCCACAGAACAGACUCAAAUGUCAAGCCAGGAAAACUCACGCUCUUCGCUUCUGGCCUGGAAAUCAGUGACUGCAAUUCUCAGGUCAUUCACCGGUUUGAAUCGAAGGAUGUAGAUGAUAUCAGAGUUCAUACGCCAUACGAAAUCAGCGUCCGUCAGAGAUUUAUUGGGAAGCCUGACACCUCUUACCGGCUCUUGUCAGCAAAGAUGCCAGAAGCAAUCCCCAUCUUGGAGAUGCAGUUUAGCAAGAAGAUACAGUUUUUAGAAGAUGCCCUAGGAUUUGUUGGUGCCAGGAAGUCUCCUCAAGUAGAUUUGGGGACCUCCAUUUGGCAAGCAGCCACAGGACUCCUGGGAGGAGUGGUGCAGCCCAGCUCUCCGGUGGGAGGCAGAGAAGGGAUGGACAAUGACCAGGUUCAGCUGCAGAAGCAAGAGAAGAUCUCCCAGGAAGAAGCAAAAGAGCUUAAACAGUCUUUUCUUCUGACAGAUACUAAAGAAACUGAAGGGCCUUGCCUUGGAGACAGAAGCCGAGCUGGAGAGACAGGACGAAGCUCUCGAUUCCAUCACUACCUCCGUAGACCGCACGACGCUGAAUAUUGACAAGCAGAACCGCAGAAUAAAGAAACUAACGUAGCGCCCGCAGGAGCUGGUGGGGAUGGUAUCGUGAGGAAGAGGAGGACUGGGGAGCUGUACUUUUUAAGACUGUUUCUUUAAUAGACACUUUGAUUGCGUGGGAGGUGUUUGCAAUAUUGUCUGGAAUGCGAUGCUGCUGUUGUUGAGUUCCUGAGGGUUUUGAAAAUGUUUCCAAAUCUAAAAAGGCCAAGACUUUUAAUUGUGGUGAAACAAUGAUAGUGGAUUCUUUGCUACAGAAAAUCUGUAAAUACGAAAGGAUGUGAUAUAAUCUGAAUCAACUUUUAUGUGCUUUUUUAUGUUACUGCUUUUGAAAGCUUUUGGUUUACUGCAACGAAGAAGUGAAGGAGAAAUGAACUGCAUAUGAGACU